UGUGUGCAGUUGUAAAAACUGGCUGAAGAGUCAUUUAUUAAAAAGUUAACAUAAAACAAGAUGGGAAACUUUUUAAUAAUAUUAAUAUUCGCGAUUACAAUUUAUGGUGGUAAUGGCCAACGAAUUAAAACUUUAAAUAUAGGUGCCUUAUUCUAUGAUGAUGAAUACGAAAUUGAGGAAUCUUUCGUGAAAACAAUAAAUCUAAUUAACAGCCAAAAUGAGGUACAUAUUAAACUAAAUCCCUUGAUAAGAAGACUCUAUGAGACGGAAGGUUCUGCAAUUUUGGAAAAUAAAGCUGUUUCGUUAGUAGAGAAUGGUGUCGCCGCUAUUUUUGGACCAAGUUCAAAGACGGACAGUGAUAUUGUGUCUCUCCUCUGUAAUGCCACCGGCAUUCCCCACAUUCUCUUCGAUUAUCUCAGCGAAGAGAACGACAUGUUGAAAGUAAAUCAUCGGAUGACUAUAAACGUUUUUCCCUCGCAGGCGAUUAUGUCAAAGGCCUAUGCCGACAUAGUGCAAAAUUUUGUUUGGAAAAAAUUUACCAUAGUCUACAACAGUGAAGAUGCAAGUGCUCCCUAUAGAUUACAAGAUCUGUUGCAGCUAAAAGACAUAAAUGAGAAAAUUGUACGUGUGCGUACAUUUAAGAGAGGUGGAGACUAUCGCAUUUUAUGGAAGAGUAUAAAAGGUGAAAGAAGAGUUGUUCUGGAUUGCCCGCCAGAUAUUCUGGUCGAUGUGCUGAAUGCUUCUAUACCGUUUGGUAUAACCGCUCAAUUUAGUCACAUGUUUUUAACCAAUUUGAACACGCAAAUGGCAAAUUUCGAUGACUUAAGGGACAAUGUUACUUUUGCUGUUAAUAUAACUGCUGCCCGACUGAAAUUACGGGAAUCCUUAAAUGAAGAUAUGAAUGUUUGGAAUAGCACUGAUUUGUUGACCAUGAAACUACUGCCAGAUCUGGUUCACGAUGCUGUCAUGUUGUUUUAUCUUGCGGUUAAGAAUAUAAGCGUAAUGUACAAAAUAAAUCCACCACAAAUAACAUACAACUAUCAACAAGAAGUCGAAGACCCUUGGCCCAUGGGCCUGUAUAUAAAUCGAAUUAUGAAAGUGAUCGCCUCAUCAGAUGACUCACAUUUCCAUUAUGGUUUUAUGCAAUUCGAUGACAGUGGUCAUAGGAACAACUUUACUUUGGACAUAUAUGAACCCGUAGAUAAUUAUUUACUUGCCACCUGGGACACUGAUGGCCAUAUAAGCCAGAAGGAAGUUGAAAUCACGAAUCUUAAGAAAAUAGUUUAUAAAGUGGCCACUCGUAUUGGUGAACCAUAUUUUAUGCUGAAGGAGGAUGCUGAAAAUAGAACUGGAAACGAUCGCUACGUGGGUUAUGCUGUUGAUUUGAUAACCGAAAUUGCCAAUGUACUAAAAUUUGAUUUUCUGUUUGUACCAGUCGCUGAUAAUAAUUACGGAAAGUUAAACAAGGAAACAAAUCAAUGGGAUGGCAUUAUCGGUGAAUUGAUAAAUAAUGAUGCCCAUAUGGGUAUAUGCGAUUUAACCAUAACCCAAAAACGCAAGGCAGUUGUAGAUUUUACUGUGCCUUUCAUGCAAUUGGGUAUAAGUAUUUUAGCCUAUGAGAAACCUAUUGAACAGAAGCCCUGGAAUGCAUUCAUGGAACCUUUCACCAAUGAUGUUUGGGUAUACGUGAUGAUUUCCAUCUUUAUAAUUGCGUUCCUUUUUCUUUUUAUGGCUCGUGUUUCGUCCAGUGAAUGGCAAAAUCCCCAUGCGUGCAAUAAGGACCCAGAAGUCUUGGAAAAUACUUGGGAUAUUUCCAACAGCUUUUGGCUAACAAUGGGCUCUAUUAUGACUGCAGGAAGUGACAUUCUGCCGCGCAGUGCUCCCAUGAGAACCUUUAAUGCUAUGUGGUGGAUUUUUGCCAUUAUUGUUACCAAUUCGUAUACAGCCAACUUGGCGGCUUUCUUGACCAACAGCAAAAUGGAAGGUGAUAUUAAGGGUGUUGAAGAUUUGGCAAAACAAUCUGCGGUCAAAUUUGGUACCAUCCAAGGUGGCAGUACAUAUACUUUAUUCUCUGAAUCGAAUGAGACAACAUUUCGAUUGGCCUACAAUAUGAUGCAGUCUGAAGAACCCUCGGUAUAUACCAAAACCAACGAUGAAGGUGUGGAGCGAGUGUUAAAGAAUAAUGGCACAUACAUGUUUUUGAUGGAGACUACCAGUUUGGAGUACAACACUGAGAGAAAUUGCAAAUUGAAAAUGUUGGGUGAGACCUUUGGAGAGAAACACUAUGCCAUAGCAGUGCCUUUCGGUGCCGAAUAUCGCUCCAACUUAAGUGUUGCUAUACUCAAACUAGGCGAGCUUGGAAAACUUUUUGAGUUAAAGAAGAAAUGGUGGUCUUAUGAAAAUAACGAUUGUCCCCAACAAGAACAAGGCACUUCGGAAAACAAUGAUUUGAACUUCUCUGAGGUGAGGGGCAUAUUCUACACACUAUUUGUAGGCAUAUUUGUUGCAUAUGUGGUUGGGAUCACUGAAUUUUUAAUAUAUGUGCAACAUGUUGCCGCCGAGGAAAAGCUGACUUAUAAAGAGGCUUUGAUAAAGGAACUAAAAUUCGUAAUGAAAGUUUGGAAUAACAAGAAGCCAAUAACUCCAGGCUGCAGCACCAGGGCUUCAUCCCACAUGUCUGGCAGUACAGACAAAUCCAGCAAGUCUUCUAAAAGUCGCCGCUCUGAAAUGUUCAAAAUUGAUUCAAGGCCAGAGUUACUGGAGGCAAGAAGUAUAAAAAGUUUAAAAAGUGCCAUCGUUAAUAAUAUAAGAGAUCCUAGAAUUUAACCAGUAAAGGAUUUUUUGAAUAACAAAAACGUUUUGUAUCAUUUCAUUGUUUUCACACAAUUAGUUUAUAUGCCUCAUUAACCGUAUUAAAAUAUGU